AUGCUCCGAUCGAUCCUGCCCACCCUCCGUCAGCCCGUCAGGCAACAACUCGCUCGUCGAACCUACGCCAGUCAACCGAGUUACCAUCAGCCCAGCGGAUACAUCUUUGGCGAAAAGCCCCCACCAGCAGGCCAAAAGCGAGUCAAGGAGGAUUGGGAGAACCUCUACUACUACGGGUUCUUUGGGGGAAUGGUCCUCGCCGGUUUCGUGCUCGUCUACAAGCCGGAUACGUCCAUCCAAGCAUGGGCUACCACCGAAGCUCAACGACGUCUAGAAGAGUCCGGAGAGUGGGAGAAGAUCAAGUACAAGCCUAGCGGGAGCGAGGGAAGCGUUGGAGUUUGA